GCGCGGGGGUUCCGCUGCCGCCGGUGCCGCUGCCGCUGCCGCCGGUGCCGGUGCCGCUGCCGCGCCAUGGCCACGCUGUUCCCCUCGCUGCUGCCCCGCGCCACCGAGCCGCUCUGGUUCAACCUCGACCGGCCCUGCGUGGACGAGACCGAGCUGCAGCAGCAGGAGCAGCAGCACCAGGCCUGGGUGCGCCGCGGGGGCGGGCUGCAGAGCAUAGCAGAGAAGGACAACAACCUGGUGCCCAUCGGGAAGCCAGCAUCAGAGCACUACGACGAGGAGGAGGAGGAGGACGAUGAGGACGAUGAGGACAGCGAGGAGGACUCGGAGGACGAUGAGGACAUGCAGGACAUGGACGAGAUGAACGACUACAACGAGUCCCCGGAUGAUGGAGAGGUGAACGAGGUGGACAUGGAAGGGGCAGAGCAGGACCAGGACCAGUGGAUGAUCUGAUCCUGCCUCCGGACCUGGCACCCUGCGGGCAGCAGCGGGGGUGAGGCGGGUUGGUGAAGCUCCUUCCUGGCACCGCGGUGGGCACAGGAGCUGUUGGCACUGGGGCAGGGCUGGAGGUUUGCUAAUAAAACUUUGGACUCCUUUC